AUGGCCCUGACAGUCAACAAGUCCCUGGGGACUCAUCAGAGCGCUUACGAUACUCUCAACCAGUGCAUUCAACUGAUUACUUUCGAUUGCAUUGAGUUGUUUGGUAGUGACCUUCAUGGCUCGAGCCAUCAUAAUAAACUUUCUUUUGAAUGUUUAGAAAUUCCAAAUCAACCCAUGAGUUGGUGCAAGUUAGAGGUAUUAAAAUAGAGUGUGUCUACUCUUGUUUGAGCCAUCAUGUCUAAAUAGAAUUACAUGUCUAAUAAAAUUUAAGAAACCGUUUUUGUCCACAGGGUUCAGGUUCAAUUUUUUUUUUUAAAUUUUUGUGUCCAACUUUUUCAAAUUGUUUCACUUCAGUAUUACCAAUAUUCGAUAACUUGCCUUGGUAUAUACGCGUACGAGGCAAGAAAAAGGGGGAUAAAUGCUCCAUUACCACCCACCAAAAAUAGCAAACCAAGUAAUUUCGGGAAAAUCACAAAAAUUCAGGUUUUUUCAUUACAGUCCUCCAUAAAAAUUCGGGCAAAUUUUUGUGUGAUACCCGGAAAAGAUCAGCUCCGUUUGCCUAUGGUCUGCAUGAAUAAAAAAGCCGUUAAAGUUAGAGUUUGGUGGUUAAAAAAUAGUUAAUUGUUUUAUACUACCGGCUCCAGAAGUUUAAUAUUACACGUAAUACAGUAUGUAUAUAGCAUGAGCGGCCGUGUUGUAUCAGAUACAUACAAACUUGAGCCGAAGGCGCGAUUUCUGAUACAACACGGACAAGAAUGAUGUAUAUAGCUUCUCAAACAUAUAAGGAUUUCAUUAGCUGGAGAAUUUUGUAUAUUUGGAUACAACACCUCGUUAAAACAUUGAUUUCUUUUUAAUUUUCUUCGUGAAUUACCAAUUAGUUUUACAAUAAAAUUAAAUUGAUUCAAUUAAAUGUUUGGCAUGAAAGCAGCGCUUUCCUUGCGAUUGUAACUUUUAGGGAUUUUAUCUUUGAUCAUAUCUUCACCAACAGGCAAUUGUUGGUAAGCCAGACCACAUCACACCUUUAACAGAAGGAAACCUUGAUCCACCCCCUUUGGUAUGUUGACAUUUGUUUCAAUGUUUACUUGAAUAGUUGAAGUGUCACUAACCCGAAAUGUGAUUUUUGUAUUAUUUUUUUUGUAGACUAAAGCCCCGUCAGUACACUACGCUCAUUUUUUGGUACCGUACCACUUUUUUGGUUCUUGGACUAUCUAAAUAGGUAGUCCAAGAACCAAAAAGUGGUACGGAUACCAAUUUUAUCCGUGCCGUACCAAAAAUUGAGCGUACUGUAAACGGGGCUUAAGUUUUGAUCUCGGCAGAAAGAACAAAAUCCAUCACAACCGCUAGAAAGAGCAUGUUAAAAUUAGUAGUUUGAAAAAGUUUGACCGCAAAAUGUUGUAAAAUGCGGAAAGUAUAGCCCUACGAAAUUCGCAAAUUUUGUAUUAAUUUGUGUUACGCACGGGAAAAUGCACCACUUUGGGCCCAUUGGUGCAUUUUCCCACGCGUAAUAGAAAUUAAUACAAAAUUUGCAAAUUUCGCAGGGCUAAAUAGCUGGAAUCAUCCAUUUACAGUGUGUAUAUAGAUCAGGGUUGCCAGUUUGCUGAAUAAAUAAGCCAAAUAUUAUUAUAACCUUUUGUUUUCUUUGUUCAAAACAAAGACAUCAAAGGGCCGUUUAUAACAAUGUUUGGCUUAUUUAUUCAGCAAUCUGGCAACCCUGAUAUAGAUGUAUUCUAAAGUAGUGUUUGUUUUUUGCUUCAAAAAUUCAUCUAUAUAAUGACAUCAUAUCUCGAAUCUUUGACAGUGAAAAUUAUAUUUUGGGUUAGUGACACUUUAAGAAAGGACGUAAAAGUUUGCUAAAUAAAUAGUUGUGACGUUUUUCUCAAACUAUAGAUCAAAUGGUUAAUAAUUUAUAUUUGUCGUCAAGCAAAUCUCUUAAGUUUUCUUUUUUUCAGGUGGUAUUGAGUGUAUCAGUGCGGACAAUGUUGAAUCCUAAAACACAUUUGCACGAGGUAACAUAUUUUCAUUUUUGUCUGUGCACAGCUAGUGACAUUUUUAUAUUGCUGACUGCAUGAUUGUGGUCCAAAGAGUUAUUUUAGCGCCAAAUCGAGGAAGUGAAAACAAUUUUGAAACUUAAAAAAAAUUUGUUUUCAAAUCUUUUCCGAUAAUUGGAAUAACCCAAAAGAAACUUUAGUAUUUAUAAAUUAAAGUUUCUUUUUAUUGGUUGUGAGUUCUAUACAUCUGUUGUUAACUACAAAACAGGUAGUUAAAAAAAUACGACUCGUAUACACAAGGAAAAAAUGUGAAAUCCAUACUAUGACAUUUGCAAUUGCACCACUAAAUUUCGAUACUAUUUCGAUACUAUAUCCAUAGUAUGGAAAUGUACAAUCAUGGAUCGUCAAAAAUCCAUUCUAUUGCCAAUAAAGGUCCAUACAAUUUCCAAUCUAUGGAUUUUCAAUUUUUAUUCCAGUGAUAAAGACUGCCGCAGAAAUUGGAUAUGGUUGUAGGAGUCAAAAGGACUGUGGGACUCACUUAUUUUUGUGUUUUAAGGUGUUAGCAGUUACUGGUCUUGUGCAUCAGGAUUUCCGUGUAGACAAAGUUGCUCCUAAAGACAAAUAUUUUCAACAUUAUUUCUGUGGUUUGUUUUCAUAAUAAACUAUUACGAUUAGCAUUUCUUUAGCGCAUGUGGCCUAC